UGAAAGGGAGUUCAGAGAUCACUUUGAAACAAUUCAGAAUUAAUUUCUGCAUCUGGCUACAGAAGAAGGAGGUGUCAGACCAUAGAGUUGUGGUCAUCCUCACAGACUUUAAUUUCUGAAACAUCCUUUCAGCAGAGCAGGGAAUUCUGUGGUGUCUUGACAGCAGGGACAGAUCAUGACAGCUGUCUCGGGAGAGCAGGCUCUGGCUGGAGAGAGAAUGCUUAGGACGCCCAGCUGCCUCCUAAAAGUGACCAGGGUGGUGCUGAGCCACAGGCUCUGUGCCCUGUUUAUCCUCAUCUUUGUGUUCGUAUCCUUUGCCUACCACAAGUUGUACUGGGGCAGCUGGGAGGACCCAAAGAGCAGCGGCCCCACCUACAGCUUGUCUGCUGAGAUCAGCUGUGCUCACUACGUGCCUUCUCCCCUUGACAUUGCUGGUGGACCUUCCACAGGAAAGGUGUUUUUUGUGGAGACCUCGGAGCAAACUGCCCCAGGUUACCUGUUCUCGUGCUCUGUGGAGUCAGCGGCCAGGACACACCCCACAUCAAGGGUCAUGGUGCUCAUGAAAGGCGUGGCCAAAAGGAACGCCUCCUUGCCCAAGCACUGGGCUUUCUCCUUGCUGAGCUGCUUCCCCAACGUGGAAAUCCAGCCCCUGGACUUGACAGAGCUCUUUUCUGGAACGCCUCUGAAAGGGUGGUACUUAUGGCCUCUGCGGCACUGGGAGCCUUAUUUUUUACCGGUCCUCUCUGACGCCUGCAGAAUUGUCCUCAUGUGGAAAUUUGGUGGCAUCUACCUGGAUACAGACUUCAUUGUGCUUAAGAACUUGCAGAACCUCACCAAUGCCCUUGGCAUUCAGGGUGACGGUGUACUGAAUGGAGCCUUUCUAUCCUUUAAAGCUAAGCACAAGUUCAUGGAACUUUGCAUGAGGGACUUUGUGGAGGACUACAAUGGCUGGGUCUGGGGGCACCAGGGCCCAGAGCUCCUAACUCGUGUCUUCAAGAAGUGGUGCUCCAUCCGGACUAUCAAGAGCAUGAGCUGCAAAGGUGUGAGUGCUCUUGCCCGAGAAGUUGUUUAUCCUAUUCCCUGGCAGGACUGGAAGAAGUUGUUUGAGGCAGUCAGUGCCUCGGAGCUUCAGAAACUCCUUAAGAACACCUAUGCAGUGCACAUAUGGAACAAACUGAGCCACGGGACCAAGUUAGAGAUCCCCUCCCAGGCUCUGCUGGCUCAGCUCUAUUCCCAGUUCUGCCCUGCCACCUAUGCAAAGAUGAAACAGGACUCUGAAGAGUUGUCAAAGCGUGCAGUGUGACCUGGGGGCCCAUGGCUGCAGGGAUGUUCCCCAGGCUGAAGGAAACCGAGUGCCUUUGACCUUCCCCAGAGUUGGUUUCUAGUCCGCAGAGCAGGUGUUCUGUGUGACAGCUCUGUGGUUUUGUACCUGAUAUUCCUGAUAUCUGCCUCAGAUCCUUUGUGUUUCAAAUUUACAGCAGUACCUGACUUCAGCCUCUCUUGCUGUCCUCCACAAGACUUGUCACUGCAGGGAAGAUUGAACCCAUUCAUCAGCAUCCCUCAGCUGGUCCUCUCUUGGUGUUCUCCAAUGGCUCCUCCGGUGACGCCCAGCCUGAGCAGCCCCUUGUGAUGUUUCAACAGCUGUAGGAAUCCCUGCUUUGCUCUCUGUGGCAUUUGAAAUUUUCAGAGAAUAUUCUGUGUUGGAAGGGACUCACAGCCGUCAUGUGUCCAACCCCUGGCUUUGGCUGGGGACAGCACACUCCCUCAAUCCUGCCCUGUGCACGAGAAUGUCAUUCUUGGGACUGUGAGCCUUCCCCGGGGAGCCUGUUCAGUGCCCCACCACCUUCUGGGGGAAGAACCUUUCCCUGAUAUCCACUUUAACCAUCCCCUGACACAGCUCCAGCCGUUCCCUUGGGUCCUGUUCUUGGUCACACAGAGCAGAGAUCAGGUCCUGCCCCUCCUUUUCCCCUUGUGAGGAAGCUGCAGAACUGCUGUGAUCUGUGACUUCAGUCUGCUCUUCUCCAGCUGUACAGACCAAGUGCCCUCAGCUGCUCCUUGUGUGGCUUCCCCUCCAGGCCCUUCACCAUCUCCAAAACCCUACUUUGGAAACUCUCAAACAGCUCUAGAUCUUUCUUAUAUUGUGGCACCCAAAACCACACACAAUAUUCAAGCUGUGGCCGCCCCCCCCCCAGAGCAGAGUGGGACAAUCCCCUCCCUGGCCUGGCCGGUGAUGCUGGGCCUGGUGCCCCAGGACAGGGCUGUCCCUCCUGGCUGCCAGGGCACUGCUGGCCCAUGCCCAACUGGCCAUUAACCCCCAGCUCUCUUUCCACAACACUGCUCUCCAGUCUUUCAUUCCCAGUGUGUCUGUACUUCCAGGGCUGACCCAUCCCAGGUGCAGAAUUCAGCCCUUGCCUUUGUUAACUUCACACCACUGGUGAUUGUCCAGCCCUGUCAUUUGUCCAGGCCUCUGUGCAGGGCCUCUUCACCCUAGAGGGAGUCAACAGCUCCACAGCUCCUCCCAGUUUUUAUCAUCUGCAAGCUUACUUAGUAUCCCUUGCUGUCCUGUAUUCAAGCUCUUUACGAGGAUUUUUAAGACAAUGGGGCCUAAGACAGUGCCCUGUGGUACCCCACAAGUGACAGGCUGCCAGUCUGCUGUCACCCAGGCACUGUCAUUCUUUGUGCUUGACCCGUGAGCAAGUUGCUCAUCCAUCACACAAUGUGUUUAUCCAGCUGUGGACUGCACACUGAGAUUAUAUCCAAAGCUUUACUGAAAUCCAAAAAGAUUACAUCUAUUGAUGUUUUUUUUAUUAACUGGGUGGGUGUGGCAGUGGGGAUUUGAAGAUAUUUGAUCUCUCCCUGCCUACAGCAGUGGGGGUUUGAAGAAUUUGUUUAGUCUCUGUAUAAAGUUGUUUACCCCCUGUCUCACCAUGGCAGUUAUCAUAAUUCCAGAUUUUCCCGUCUAUCCUCAAAAAUCCUACCCCUGUGGAUUGUCUGUCAUGAUUUGUUACACCCCUUUAUCCAGAGAACUUGCUGUCAGUUAUGAUUUUUCCUUUCUGCCAUUGGUAUCUGAUUUUCCUGCUCCAAGUUACGUUUACGUUUGUAACCCCAGACCCCUCCUAACUAGCCAGAUGGUCUCCUCCUGGGAUUCCACCUCCCCCCAUAAAAGCCACUGCUUUUCUCUGUUUCAUGGUCUUUUGCCACUGUCCCCCUUUGAGCCACAGCGCUCCCACGUCUUGCCUGCUCCUGCAUGGCGCUGCAGCCCUGGCGCUGCGCCUGUUGAGGGAAAGAAUAAAGGCAGCUUGGAGAAACAAGCAAAAAGCCCUUCCUUCUUCCUUUGCCUCGAUCCUUAGACAUGGGUCCACAUUUAUCGGCUGCUUGUGGCGAUCCGGGAUCCCAGCCAGUGGCCGAACUGCAAUCCUGCCUGCCAGCAGCUGAGUUGGGACGUGGUCCCUCCUGGUGCACAUGCUGAAAGCGAAGGGGGAUCAGAGCGCAUGGGUGACCGGUGCCACGGCUUCUUCUGUGAUUUGGAUGCAAUGUCAGAUGGGUUACCUUAGCAUAAAAGGAAAUUAAUUUUGAAAAGCAGGACUUUCCUCUCAUGGAGAUGUGCUGGCUGUGACCAAUGACUGUGUGACCAACAUCCUUCAGGUGUUUUUCACUACCUCCCAGAAUAAUCAUCGUCAUCUCCUUAAUUUUACCAGGCACUGGAGUUAGAUUGACAGGCCUGUAGCUUCCAGGGUCAUCCUUCUUGCCCUCUUUGAAAACUGGGACCUCUCCAGAUUCUGAAGACUGUUCAAAAAUUAUCAAAAGACGCCUCAUGAUGAUAUCAGCCAGCUCUUUAUGUAUUCUCCCAUUAAUCCCUUCAUACCCCAUAGACCUACAGGGAUCCAUCUGUAGCAGCAGAUCCCUCACACCUUCAGGGUUAACUCAGUGUUUAUCAUUCUCAUAGUCACAGUCCUCUAGCUGAGGGUGCUGGGACCUCCUUAGUCCAUCAUCCAUGUUCAAGACAGAGGCAAAGAAAGCAUUAAACAUCUCUACCUUAUCCAGGGCGCUAUUUGUGAGGUGACCAUCCUCAUCCUGUAAUGGGCUGAUGUCAUUUCAGCACUGCCUUUUGCCAUUAAUGUAUUUUUAAACCCUCUUUUUAUUGUCCCCCACAUUUCUGGUGGCUACAACUGCAGUGGAGCUUUGGCCAAACAAGUUCUCCCCCAACAGCAGAAAGCAGCAUCUCCAUAUUCCUUCCACAUCACCUGACCUUGCCUCCACUGGGCAUACCCCUUCCUUUUUUACCUUAUCUCCAAAAGAAGAUUCCUGUUCAGCCAAAGUGGCCUUCUGCCUCAUCUGCUUGAUUUCCAAUUUUUAGGAAUUACCUGUUCUUGUGCCCUCAGGAGCUGGUGCCUAAAAUGUGACCACAGCACUGAUGGACCCCAGGACCUUCAGAAGCAUUUUCCCAGGUGUGUUGGUUCUCAAAUCAAUUCUUAAAUCUCAAAAUCUCAAAUUUUGAGAAAAAAACGCUCAAUUUUUUUCCUCAAAAUCUCAAAUUCAAGAUCCCAAAAAUCUCAAAUUGAUGAACCAAAACCACUACAACAGGGGACUUUACUCACUGGUUCCCUGAGCAGCCUGAAGUCACUUCUUCCCGUGUCCAGGGUUGAAGUUUUUUUGGCACUCUUCCUCCUGUCACCAGAGAUUUUAAACUCAAUGGUUUCAUGGUCACUGUGGCCAAGACAGCCACCAAUCUCUACUCAAGAGGUUCACAAGAUCCUCUCUGUUGACAAGCAACAAAUCAAGGAGGGAGGGAAUCUUUCCAAGCCAGCCCUCUUAGUACCUGUAGCAUGAAGCUGUCAUCCAGGUGUUUCAGGAAUACAUAGGGAGUAUAUGAAAAUUUUGUCAAAGAAACAGAAAAUAUUUUAAGGCCUGCUGUGCACAUAUGGACACAUAUGACCACAUCUCCCCACCUAAAUGUGUUCUCUGUGUGUCCAAGUCAUUGUAUUGUAAAUAAUGCAUUUUAACCUCUUAUGGAAUGAGAAGAGGAGACUAAAACAUCCUGGAGUUCUGCCUGUGCCAAAUCAGAGUUUCUGUCUGGAAGGUAAAGUGUAAGCAAAGUGUGGUCAUUGCUUUUUUAGAUAUGCAGUGACUAAAAAAUAAGAGAAAUAUUAAGUCUAAUAUAGAUUUUAACCUUUUCUUAAAUGCCAUUAUUUGCUGAAAAUUACAGUGCUAUCAUGCAUAAGGGAAGACUGAUCUAAUUUAGAUGUAAAUUUAAUGUGAGCAGGAGUAUGUUUAAUAGUUUCUCAGACAGUGUCACAGCACACUACUUAUUAAACACUCCAUUGCAGACCGAAAGAGACUGAGUCACUUGAAAUUAGUUGUAUAAAACAACAUAUUAACUUUGCUGUCUGGUCCUGUCCACCUCCCAUCUAUUCCUCCUCUCUCCACCACUCCUCCUUUCCCUUGAUUUAAAAAACAAAGUUUCCUGCUCACUCCACUAAUCUUCACAAGUGGUGCUGAGAAGUCCUGGAUAUGCUGUUCCAAUAUGUGGAACAACUGAGCAGUACUGGAUAUGCUGUUCCAAUAUGUGGUACAACUGAGCAGUACUGGAUAUGCUGUUCCAAUGUGGUGCCCGUGGCACUAGACAACCAUUUGUAGCUUGUACUCAUCUAUCUUCACUGUUUCAUGUGUGACUCUUUCUUCAGACAGCAGGAAAAUGACUGUGUAAAGGGCAAAUUCAAACUCCAGGCUGACACAAAUAAAGGUGCUUCUGACUGGCUUGACUGAACCCUUCCAGCUGAACUGGAUGCUCAAAACUUGGUCAUCUCUAUCAGGCUGAAAGCACAAAUGAAACAACAGAAUAAUCUCCAACACAGCUGUGACUGGACAGAUAGAAUUUCUGAUUCCAGAUUUUUGAGAGCUUUGUAAGAUUUAGUCAUCCUUGGUGUGCCUGGGUGCUAUAGCUGGGCACUAUCUUUUCCCUGACCUCUGGAGCAUACAUGACCAUUUAUCCCAACUAAGUCUCAGCAGUGUUGCAAUUCUGUAAACACCAGCACUACUUUUUAAAAUAGUUUUUGCAAAAAAAGAAACUGGAAGACAUGCCAUUAUUCAUUCUUCUUAUAUACAGUUAUGUACUGUAUAUACUUAUUGCUGUUCAAAACACUGAGCCUAUGAUUGCACUAUUACACUUCUUUCAUUGCAACUUUUAUCUCUGGAUCCAUUUGUUUUACUUGCAAAUGUUCCCAAAGGCUUGUUCUUACCCUGGUUUUGUUCUUCUGAGAUACGUAUCCCUUGUAGUCAAUCUGAUUGCGCUUUUCCUGAAGGUAAAAUUGCACCCAGUUGUGCAAACUUAAGAUCUCUUUACCAUGCCUUGUUUCUCCAACAAAAACAUGUUCAAAACCACAAGAAUCAGGUAUGUAACGAAGAAGAAAAGAAAAAAAAAGAAUAUAUAGGUAUUUUAUAUGUUUUAUAGAGCCAUAGAAUGGUUUGGUUUGGAAGGGAUGUUAAAGCCCAUCUCAUUCCAACC